CGCUGAUUGAGAAACUGCGCAUCCACGAGGAAUCAACUAAACCGCAUCCCUGUUUAAAAAGAACACAAACUCUAUAGGUCUCUACAAGCCUUAAGGAUGGAUGGCAGUGGCGGCGAAUGGCUCAGCACUCCCGUGCCCUCGUGUUGUCUGGAAAACGCCACCGUGGAGAAUUCCAGCAUGGGCCAAAUCUACGAAGUCGUGCUCCAGUCUACAAACACGACUAAGCGCAAUCCACAGUUUGUUGGCGUGGAGCUCCUUCAGUCUUUUAAACCCCUCAUCAUCCCGUGCUACGCUCUCGUGGUCCUGGUUGGAGUUUUCGGGAACUACCUGCUGCUUUACGUCAUCUGUCACACCAAAAAAAUGCACAACGUGACCAACUUCUUCAUUGGUAACCUAGCGUUUUCUGAUAUGCUGAUGUGUGCGACCUGCGUGCCCUUUACGCUGGCGUACGCUUUUAACCCUCGCGGGUGGGUUUUUGGAAGAUUCAUGUGCUACCUGGUGUUCCUCAUUCAGCCGGUGACGGUGUACGUGUCGGUAUUCACACUCACAGCUAUUGGGGUGGACAGAUACUACGCUACUGUUCAUCCACUGAAGAAGCGCAUCUCAGUUCUGGCCUGCACUUAUCUUCUCUCCGGGAUCUGGAUUCUGUCAUGUGGUCUGGUAGCUCCUGCUGUGGCCCACACAUACCAUGUGGAGUUCAAAGACGAAGGUUUCACCAUCUGUGAGGAGUUCUGGAUGGGUCAGGAGAAAGAGCGGCUAGCCUACGCUUACAGCACGCUCUUUAUCACCUACGUUCUUCCUCUGUCCGCGCUUUGCAUCUCCUACUUGUGCAUUUCGGUGAAGCUUCGUAACUGCGUGGUGCCAGGUCAUCGCACCCAGAGCCAAGCGGAAGCCCAGCGGGCUCGGAAACGCAAGACGUUUCGUCUGGUGUCCUUGGUCGUCGCUGCUUUUGGCAUCUGCUGGCUGCCGAUAAGCGUCUUCAAUGUUCUUCGGGACAUUGAUAUAGAUCUGAUCGACAAGCGCUACUUUCUUCUGAUUCAGCUGUUGUGUCACUUGUGUGGGAUGAGUUCAUCUUGUUGUAACCCGUUUUUAUACGCAUGGCUCCAUGAUCGUUUCAGGGCAGAACUGCGCAAGAUGUUCACCUGCCAUCGACGGAUUGGCAUCGGGAUUCCCGCAAACAACUGCGCCACCGCUAGCGUGGUUCUCUGACAGAAAGUAAGCACAAUGAGUUAGUUCAAAGACUACCAAGGCUUGGGUUGCAAACUUGUGGAAAAAGAAACUCUUCACAUCGGUCCUGGCCGGAACGCCACCAUCUGUAAGGUUCCUCCACAUGCAUCUUGUUUUAAAUGGACACAGAUGGUCUUUCUUGGACGUACAAGCCAUGUGAAAAAGCUGUUGGAUUUAGUCACAAGAUUUUACCCUGCUGUCUGUGAUUUGGAUAUGGAUUACCUAGGAUGGGAACUGGAUGCUGUUCUCAUUACAGAGAAAUGGUUGCUAAAAACACUGCGGCAGAAACAUUCAGAUACCCAGCUUUCAAAAAAGCAAACGCUUCAGCUCUAAAAGUGAAUUACAGCUUUUUUAAUGACUUUCAGACUGCUGGAUUAAACUGCAUGAGAUGUCACUGAAGAUACAUCAAAAGAGAUCAAAUGCUUAAAAAGAACACAUGGCCUAGAAAUACUGUAUGAAAUAUUAAAACCUUUUACUAAUUAAAUAUUUUCAGAACUUUUUAGGCCUUUAAUGUUUUUGUGCUCAUAAUAAAGUGUGCAAGAAUACAAAACUUAUUGUCUUCAUAUCCAAAAAGUUAAAGUUAUUUUCAUUUUGCAGCCAAUAUGACUCUAUGUUGUAAUGUAGUUGACACUGUUUAUAAUAGACACAAGAAUCCAGUAUGUUCACUGUCCUGAAGAAAGUUAGGAACAGAACUAAAAGUUCAGAGAUGCCAAAAGUGUCAAGUGAGAGCAGGUCUAGUGUGUGUGAUUAUAACCAUACAAUUUUGUAUAAAUUUAUGUAAACAGUGUUAAAAAAGUGUUUUAAACUGAUACCUGAAACACCAUGAGAGCACAAUCACUAUUGUUUCAUUGAUGGAGAUUGAUAUUUUGUGCUAACUCGU